GGCGCCGAGCUGCCUCCAUCCAUGGCACGGAGUAGCGGCGGCAGCGGCGGCGGCAGGAUCCCGGCGCAAUCCGCUAGGUCCCAGCCCAGCGCUGAGCGAGUAGGCGACGCGCAGGGGCCGGGCCUCCACCAGCCCCAGAGCUGAAAUUCGGGCCGCGCCGCCGGGGGCCGCCCGCGCUGCGCUGACAGCCGAGCCCGCGUCCUCCCCGGCGGGGCGCUAGCCGGACAUGCCCCCGGGGCGCGGCGGCGGGGACCCCAGGGCUUGCCUCCGCCCAGGGCCCCCCGCCCCGCCCUCGGGCGCCCUGGGCCCCCGCUGAGCACGCCUCCCGCACGGCCGGGUCCCUCCCGCCGGCGCGCAGCUCGGCCCCAGCGCUGUGGGUCCCCGCGGGGCGAUGGGUUGAUGGGCGCUGGGGGACGCAGGAUGCGGGGGGCGCCCGCGCGCCUGCUGCUGCCACUGCUGCCGUGGCUGCUGCUCCUGGCGCCCGAGACUCGGGGCGCGCCCGGCUGCCCAGUCCCCAUCCGCAGCUGCAAGUGCUCGGGGGAGCGGCCCAAGGGACUGAGCGGCGGCGCCCCAAACCCGGCACGCAGGAGGGUGGUGUGCGGCGGCGGGGACCUCCCAGAGCCUCCGGAGCCUGGCCUUCUGCCAAACGGCACCGUUACCCUGCUUUUGAGCAACAACAAGAUCACUGGGCUCCGAAAUGGAUCUUUCGCAGGACUGUACCUGCUGGAGAAGUUGGACCUAAGGAACAAUGUCAUCAGCACAGUGCAGCCUGGAGCCUUCCUGGGCCUGGGGGAGCUGAAGCGUUUAGAUCUCUCCAACAACCGGAUUGGCUGUCUCACCUCUGAGACCUUCCAAGGCCUCCCCAAGCUUCUCCGACUAAACAUAUCUGGAAACAUCUUCUCCAGUCUGCAACCUGGGGUCUUUGAUGAGUUGCCAGCCCUUAAGAUUGUAGACUUUGGCACAGAGUUCCUGACCUGUGACUGCCACCUCCGCUGGCUGCUGCCCUGGGCCCAGAAUCACUCCCUGCAACUGUCCGACCGCACACUCUGUGCCUAUCCCAGUGCCUUGCACGCCCAGACCCUGGGCAGCCUCCAGGAGGGCCAGCUCCGCUGCGAGGGGGCCCUGGAGCUGCACACACACCACCUCAUCCCAUCCCUGCGCCAAGUGGUGUUCCAGGGUGACCGCCUGCCCUUCCAGUGUUCCGCCAGUUACUUGGGCAAUGACACCCGCAUCCGCUGGUACCACAACCGGGCCCCUGUCGAGGGUGAUGAGCAGGCAGGCAUCCUCCUGACUGACAGCCUCAUUCAUGACUGCACCUUCAUCACCAGCGAGCUGACCCUGUCUCACAUCGGUGUGUGGGCCUCAGGCGAGUGGGAAUGCUCCGUGUCCACGGUCCAGGGCAACACCAGCAAGAAAGUGGAGAUUGUGGUGCUGGAGUCCUCCGCUUCCUACUGCCCUGCUGAGCGAGUCGCCAAUAACCGGGGGGACUUCAGGUGGCCUCGAACUCUUGCUGGCAUCACAGCCUACCAGUCCUGCCUACAGUAUCCCUUUACUUCGGUGCCCCUGAGUGGGGGCGCCCCAGGCACCCGAGCCUCCCGCCGAUGCGACCGAGCUGGCCGUUGGGAACCAGGGGACUACUCCCAUUGUCUGUACACCAACGACAUCACCCGGGUGCUCUACACCUUUGUGCUGAUGCCCAUCAAUGCCUCCAACGCACUGACCCUGGCCCACCAGCUGCGAGUAUACACAGCCGAGGCUGCCAGCUUUUCGGACAUGAUGGAUGUAGUCUAUGUGGCUCAGAUGAUCCAGAAAUUUUUGGGUUAUGUUGACCAAAUCAAAGAGCUGGUGGAGGUGAUGGUGGACAUGGCCAGUAACCUGAUGCUGGUGGACGAGCACCUGCUGUGGCUGGCCCAGCGCGAGGACAAGGCCUGCAGUGGCAUCGUGGGUGCCCUGGAGCGCAUCGGCGGGGCUGCCCUCAGCCCCCAUGCCCAGCACAUCUCUGUGAACUCAAGGAACGUGGCAUUGGAGGCCUACCUCAUCAAGCCACACAGCUAUGUGGGCCUGACCUGCACAGUCUUCCAGAGGAGGGAAGGAGGAGUGUCAGGAGGACGGCUGGGAGGCCCUGGCCCGAAUGCCCUGCCCGAGCCUGAGCCCCCGGCUGAUCAGCAGCUUCGCUUCCGCUGCACUACUGGGAGGCCCAACAUUUCUCUGUCAUCCUUCCACAUCAAGAACAGCGUUGCCCUGGCCUCCAUCCAGCUGCCCCCCAGCCUGUUCUCGUCCCUUCCGGCUGCCCUGGCUCCUCCAGUCCCCCCAGACUGCACCCUGCAACUCCUCGUCUUCCGCAACGGCCGCCUCUUCCGCAGCCAUGGCAACACCUCUCGCCCAGGAGUUGCUGGUCCUGGCAAGAGGCGUGGUGUGGCCACCCCAGUCAUCUUUGCAGGAACCAGUGGCUGUGGCGUGGGAAACCUGACUGAGCCUGUGGCUGUUUCACUGCGGCACUGGGCUGAGGGGGCUGACCCCAUGGCAGCUUGGUGGAGCCAGGAGGGGCCUGGGGGUUGGAGCUCUGAGGGCUGUCAGCUCCGCUCCAGUCAGCCCAAUGUCAGCUCUCUGCACUGCCAGCACCUGGGCAAUGUGGCUGUGCUCAUGGAGCUGAGUGCUUUCCCCAGGGAGGCAGGGGGCUCUGGGGCUGGGCUGCAUCCUGUCGUGUACCCGUGCACAGCCCUGCUGCUGCUCUGCCUCUUCUCCACCAUCAUCACCUACAUCCUCAACCACAGCUCCAUUCAUGUGUCCCGGAAGGGCUGGCACAUGCUGCUGAACCUGUGUUUCCACAUGGCCAUGACCUCUGCUGUCUUUGCUGGGGGCAUCACACUCACCAACUACCAGAUGGUCUGCCAGGCGGUGGGCAUCACUCUGCACUACUCUUCAUUGUCCACACUGCUCUGGAUGGGGGUGAAGGCCCGAGUCCUGCACAAGGAGCUCACCUGGAGGGCACCCCCUCCACAAGAAGGGGACCCUGCCCCGCCUGCUCCCCGCCCCAUGCUCCGGUUCUACUUGAUUGCUGGAGGCAUUCCACUCAUCAUCUGUGGCAUCACCGCUGCAGUCAACAUCCACAACUACCGGGACCACGGUCCCUACUGCUGGCUGGUGUGGCGUCCCAGCCUCGGAGCCUUCUACAUCCCGGUGGCUUUGAUUCUGCUGAUCACCUGGAUCUACUUCCUGUGUGCGGGGCUGCAUUUACGGGCUCCUCUGGCACAGAGCACAAAAGCGGGCAACAGCAGGAUCUCCUUGGAGCCUGGAGAGGAAUUAAGGGGUUCCACCAGGCUCAGGAGCAGUGGCGCCCUCCUGAGUGACUCAGGCUCCCUUCUGGCUACGGGGAGCGCCGGAGUGGUGACGCCAGGGCCCCCAGAGGAUGGUGAUGGCCUCUAUUCUCCGGGAGUCCAGCUGGGGGCGCUAAUGACCACACAUUUCCUGUACCUGGCUAUGUGGGCCUGCGGGGCUCUGGCAGUGUCCCAGCGCUGGCUGCCCCGGGUAGUGUGCAGCUGCCUGUAUGGGGUGGCGGCCUCUGCCCUGGGCCUCUUCGUCUUCACGCAUCAUUGUGCUAGGCGCAGGGACGUUAGGGCCUCCUGGCGUGCCUGCUGUCCUCCUGCCUCGCCCUCGACCUCCCACGCCCCACCCCGAGCCCUGCCCACACCCCCAGAGGACGGUUCCCCAGUGCUGGGGGAGGGGCCCGCCUCCCUCAAGUCUUCUCCCAGCGGUAGCAGUGGCCAUGUGCCACCACUGGGCCCGUGCAAGCUCACCAACCUACAGCUGGCCCAGAGUCAGGUGUGCGAGGCAGGGAUCGCAACACGCGGGGAAGGGGAGCCGGAGCCCACGGGCUCUCGAGGGAGCCUUGUUCCGCGCCACCCCAACAACUUGCACCAUGGGCGCCGAGUGCACAAGAGUCGCGCCAAGGGGCACCGUGCGGGGGAAGCUGGUGGCAAGAACCGGCUCAAGGCCCUGCGUGCGGGAGCGGCCCCCGGGGCGCCGGAGCUACUAUCCAGCGAGAGCGGCAGCCUGCACAACAGCCCGUCCGACAGCUACCCGGGCAGCAGCCGCAACAGCCCGGGCGCAGGCCUCCCGCUCGAGGGGGAGCCCAUGCUUACCCCGUCCGAGGGCAGCGACACCAGUGCUGCUCCACUUCCCGAGACAGGGCGGCCGGGUCAGCGUCGCAGCGCCAGCCGCGACAACCUCAAAGGCGGCGGCGCGCUAGAAAAGGAGAGCAAGCGCCGCUCGUACCCGCUCAACACCGCCAAUUUGAACGGCGCCCCCAAGGGGGGCAAGUACGACGACGUCAACAUGACAGGCACUGAGGUGGCCGGGGGCAGCUGCAUGAAGACAGGCCUCUGGAAGAGUGAAACCACCGUCUAGGGCUGGAGCGGGCGAUGCUUUAGUAUAGGCCAGCCACAAGGGCUCAUAACCGGAGUUUUCCAGGGGCCUUGAAAGACGUCUGUCGGUACGUCAACAAGUUUGAGGUGGCAGUCCCGGUGGCUGCAUGUGAGCCCACCAGCUUUAGUCUUGGAGGCUGGGAUGAGAUAGGCAGAUAUUUGCCACAUACCUGGAGGGCCGCAGUUGCAGUAGCGACAGACAAUCCUAGAAACAAGCAUGAUGUAUGUCCGUCCAGCUCUGGCCAGUUUUGAUGGUCAAGUGCUUGGUGGUCUCCCAGACAGCUGGGGAAAGCCUUGUCAGUCUAUGGAGUGACCCUCGAAUAGACUGAAAGGGCACUGCACAGCCCAGAUGGGCUUUUAAGUUCUCCUCAUAUUCCCAUCCACACUGCCUAACUAAGAAAACAGAUAAAAGAAGGAAGCCCAGGAACCACAUUCUGUCCUUACCACCCUCUUCUGCCAGGUGGCUGGCUGGGUCACUGCCUAGAUCCUGGGCCUCUUUCCUCCCCAGAAUUUGGCUAAGGGAGCUAUCCUGACAGAUGAGCCAGGUGUCAGGCCCUGGGGGAAGGUAACAGGUGCUGCUUUUUGAGAUUAACUAUGCAAUAAAGAGGGGGCAGUGCACAGGAAGAACACCAUCCCCAUGGAGUGGUACACAAACCCUACAGCAGGGCUCAGCAGCAGUGCAUCAGAACAAAGCCUAGGCCCUACAGCUAAGAAGCUAACUCUGCCAAGUGCCCCAUGACUUAAGGAAAGUGGAGGGAGCUGGUACAUAGAUAUGGGUGGAAUCUAUAAAUGGUCUGAAGUGUAGCUCUGCCCUAAUAUUGCAGGUGGUGUUUGGAAAAACACUUAUCGUUCAAUUAAGAGCCAUUUCCUAGUCUUGGCCUUCCAACAUCAUGGAAGAACACCUCCUUGCCUCCAUGAGGCCAUAUGGAGAGUCACCCCAUAAUCUGAUCUCUUAACUCCUCAGUAGGGAGAAACCCCCCAAAAUGUCAAACCCAGCUUUCAGACUCACAGAAGCCCAAGGUCAACCUAGAGGUAAUGGUUAGGGUUCCUGCAGCUCAAGAGCCAGUGCCUUCACCACUAUAAAACUUCAGCACCCAUAUCUUCCCCAAAUUAAAUUGCAACUACCAGCCUUUUACUACAGGACCAAAUGAAGUAAAGGGAAACCAGGUCUGGUCCAAGUCCCCUUCGAGUCUUCAUAUCACCCUGGCCUGAUCACCAGGUGAAAGAGGACAUAGGGGAAGAGAGAACCCCAUACUUCUUGAGAUGGGUCCUGUUAUUUAUGCUUGCUGCACAGACAAUAUUAGGAAAAAAAAAAAAAAAAAAAAGCUUUGUAUUAUUCUUCCACAUACGCUGGCUGCUGUUUACAUACCCUGCCAAUGCCUUAGCACUGGAGAGCUUUUUGCAAUACUCUGGGGAAAGGGGAGGGAGGGAAUGAAAAGUGCCAAAGAAAACAUGUUUUUAAAAGCUCGGGUUUUAUACAAUAGAAUGUUUUCUAGCAGAUGCCUCUUGUUUUAAUAUAUUAAAAGUUUGCAAA